CAUCUUUCGCUCGCCGCCUGGUGCCUCUCUCCUCGGAUUAUUAUCGUGGUGAGUGACAUGCAGCAGUGCUAUGAACCAUGCCUAUGUGUGCAAUACCACCCGUCGCAUGCCAUGUCAUGUCAUGUCAUGUCAUGUUAUGUCAUGUCAUGUACAGGAGGACUGUAGCAUUUGUCGGUGGUGAUUGCGGUGGUGGUGGUGGCGGCUCUGGCUUCGGGCUCUCUGGCUUUGACUUUCGGUCGGUCUGUCUGUCUGGCUGGCUGGCUGGGUACCUUUUGGCACCACCACCCCAUCGCCGUCGAGAUCGAAUUCUCAUCCACCAAACUUUACAUACAGUACAGUACAGGACGGACUGUUGUGGGUGGACCUAGAAUCAUUCGUUGCUGUCGGUGGUCUAUCAUCAUCAUCUUCUGCUUCUCACCCCAUGUCCGUCCCA